AUGCAGAGCUCCAUGAAGACCUUGACGGCCAAGGCCAUCGCUCUUGAGGUCGAGCCCGGGGACACCAGAGAGAACGUCAAGGCCAAGAUCCAAGAAAAGGAAGGCAUUCCACCUGACCCGCGGAGGCUGCAAGCAGCUGGAGGAUGGCCGCACCCUGCCCAACGUCCGGAAGAGUCCACCUUACACCUGGUGCUGCGCCUGCGCGGUGGCAGCAUCGAGCCGCCCCUUCAUCAGCUUGCCCAGAAGCACAACUAUGACAAGAUAAUCUGCAGCACGCUGCACCCCCGUGCAGUCAACUGACACAAGAAGUGUGGCCAUACCAACAACCUGAGCCCCAAGAAGAAGGUCAAAUAA